AGUUGUCAAUAGUUUUGUUGACGUCAAUGUCAGUUCUCAGCUGUUCGCCUAAGAAGUCGAAAUUGAUUUAAGAUGAGGGGUGUAUAAAAACAGUCAAACAAUAAUAGAUGUUAAGAAAUACAAAAAUACCCACUGAAGGGAUAUUUUAACAUCCUUAAUCAACAUCUAAAACUUAGUUAAAAUGGCUAUGCAUAAAGGUUUUCGUGUUUACGAAAAAUGUACUCCACCAAGUCCUCAUAGUAUUCUUCUUGAACGAAAAGGAAAAGAAAACACUUUAUUAUUUGAGUCACAGGCCGUGGCAGUUUUAUCGGCACAAGAAACUGAAGCUGUAAAAAAGCAAUAUACAAAAAUUCUAGAUGCUUAUGGUUGCUUAGGUGUUUUACAGCUUAAUGCAAGUGAUACUACAGUAUUAUAUUUAGUUAUGAUUACAGGCUCCUUUUCUGUAGGCAAAAUAGGAGACUCUGAAAUAUUUCGUAUUACUCAGACUCAGUUUGUACCACUACAUUAUUCUCAAAAUGAAGAUCGAAUUUCAGAAGUAAGAAAAUUACUUAAUUCUGGUACUUUUUAUUUCACUUGGUACUCUGGUCCCCCAAGUGGUUCUGCACUUGAUUUGACAUUAUGUGCUCAAAGAAGAAGUAAAACAAGUACUACAGAUCAUAGAUUCUUUUGGAACCGGAUGCUACAUGUACAUUUUGUUAGAUUUGGUGUAGAUUGUAAUAAUUGGCUAGUGAAAUCAAUGUGUGGUUCGGUGGAGAUAAGGACAGUAUAUGUUGGUUCCAGGAUAGCACUUGCUGCAAUUAUAUCUAGGUUGAGCUGUGAGCGAGCUGGAACAAGAUUUAAUGUUCGAGGUACAAAUGAUGAAGGGCACGUAGCUAAUUUUGUGGAGACUGAACAAGUGAUAUUUUUGGAUAAUGAAAUUACUUCUUAUUUGCAAACUAGAGGCUCAGUACCACUGUUUUGGGAACAACCAGGAGUACAAGUUGGUUCUCAUAAAGUGAGAAUAUCUAGAGGAUACGAAGCGUCAAAAGCAGCUUUCAAUAGGCAUAUGACAACUAUUAAAGAACGUUAUGGUAAACAAAUUAUAGUAAAUUUAUUAGGAACAAGUCUUAUAGGAAGUAAAGAAGGUGAAGCUAAUCUAAGUCAAGAGUUUCAGAAACACCAUAAAGAGUCAGUUCACAGUGAUGUACCUCAUAUAGUAUUUGAUUAUCAUCAAGAAUGUAGAAGUGGAAAUCAGGCAAAUUUGCAGAAACUCAAAAAUAAAUUAGAACAACAACUUCAGGAUUUUGGAUUUUAUCAAGCAAAUGGAACCACCGUUUUUAGUUUACAAAAAGGCACUAUUCGUACAAAUUGCUUGGAUUGUUUGGAUAGGACAAAUUGCGUUCAGACAUUUUUUGGACUUGAGAUUUUAUCAAGACAACUAGUUUGUAUGCAAUUAACUGAGAAAAAGACUAGAUUUGAAGAAGUUUUCAAACAAAUGUGGAUAAACAAUGGCAAUGAAAUAAGUAAAAUUUAUGCUGGAACAGGGGCGAUACAAGGUGGAUCAAAAUUGAUGGAUGGUGCAAGAUCAGCAGCUAGGACAAUUCAGAAUAAUCUGUUGGAUAAUUCCAAACAAGAAGCUAUUGAUAUAUUAUUAGUUGGAUCUACAUUAUCAUCUGAAUUAGCCGAUAGAGCUAGAAAUUUGUUACCGUAUAAUACACUACAUGCUCCUAAUCAUGUGCUUCGAGAAAUGUGUAGGCGUUAUACUGAGUAUACAGAGGUUCUUCCAAUCCGGGUAGCAGCGGGAACUUACAAUGUUAAUGGAGGCAAACAUUUCCGUAGUGUAGUUUUUAAAGACAUAAAACUAUCAGAUUGGCUCUUGGACCCACAUAUAAAAUGUCAAGGAAGUCUAGUGGAUACAGGAUUCAUAGAUGCACACAAAUCUAUACCAGUAGAUAUUUAUGCUAUAGGUUUUGAGGAAAUAGUAGACUUGAGUGCUGCUAAUAUAGUUAAUUCAAGCACUGAAAAUGCAAAAGCUUGGGCUAUAGAGUUACAGAAAGUGCUAUCUAGAGAUAGACCAUAUGUUUUGUUAACUUAUCAGCAGUUAGUUGGUGUAUGUUUAUACGUUUAUGUACGACCUGAACAUGUGCCAUAUAUCAGGGAUGUUGCAGUAGAUUCUGUAAAAACUGGACUUGGUGGUCACACCGGAAAUAAAGGGGCAGCUGCAAUAAGAUUUGUCUUUUAUGCUACCUCUAUGUCAUUUGUAUGUGCCCAUUUCGCAGCUGGACAAUCUCAGGUGAAUGAAAGAAAUGCAGAUUAUAACGAAAUAACAAGAAAAAUCACAUUUCCAAUGAGUCGAUCUCUUAACAGUCAUGAAUAUCUAUUCUGGUGUGGAGAUUUCAAUUAUAGGGUCGAUAUGGAUAAAGAUGAAAUAAAAGAGCUCAUAAAACAAGGAGAUUUUGAUUCUAUUCUGAUUAAUGAUCAGUUAAAAAAGCAGCAAGAGGAGGGUAAUGUAUUUAAAAAUUUCAUUGAAGGUAACAUCACCUUUCCACCAACAUACAAAUAUGAUUUGUUCAGUGAUGAUUAUGAUACUAGUGAAAAAUGUAGAGCUCCUGCUUGGACUGAUAGGGUCCUCUGGAAAAGAAGGAACCUCACCCCUGACAUCAAUGGAGUAGCACAAGAAUCACCUGGUAAUUUGGUUUAUUAUGGUAGAGCUGAGCUUAAGCAAAGCGAUCACAGACCUGUCAUUGCUAUUGUCGACAUAGAAGUUAGAAAUGUUAACGAACAAAAACGGCAAAAGGUAUUUUACGAAGUUAUUGCUGAUAUGGGCCCGCCUGAUUCAACAAUUAUAGUGCAUUGUGAAGAUGCACCUCAAAAUGAUGACUUCAUUAUAUUUGACGAUAGCAUGGUUACAAUACUUUUGGAAGAGUUUUCACAAUUUGGGGAAACUAUUUUAGUUAGAUUUGUAGCAGAUACCAUGUGGAUAACAUUUAGAGAUGGACAGUUGGUUUUAGAAGCAUUGAAGAAAACUAAUGGGAAGAUAACGAUUAAUGAUUUCAAUUUUACGUUGUCAUUGAAAACUCCUAACUGGGUUGACCAAGCAAAGGAAGAAAUCGGAUUAUGUUCAAAUAAUACUAUUCCUUUAUACAUUUCUCCAAGCCAGUCAGAUUAUAAUUGUUUAGGCAUUCCAGAAGUUAAUAAAAUUCCUCGUUCGGUUCCACCAGGAAGACCUCCUCCACCGACAGUAAAAUCUACACCUCCAUCUUUAAGAAGAGUACCACCUAAAGCUGGUGUUAUACAUAUGCCCAUGAAACCUCAAACUUCAGUGACUUCUCCAACACAUACUUCUCCAAUAUCUGCUCAGCCAUCACUCCCAAACGCUCCAACGUUAGGAGGAGUCCCACCACUCUCUGCUCCUCCUCAAAUGCCCCCUCCUGAUUUGCCAAACCAACUGUCACAAGAAGAAGGCGUAUAUGAAGAAAUCAGUGAUGAUAUAAUAAGUACUCCUGAACCGUCAGCACCUCCUCCACCCCCUCCAAGACAAGAAGCUGCAACUGUUCUACCACCUACUCCUUCUAGAGGACCGCCACCUGUACCAGCCCGUUCUGCCCCUCCACCACCACUCCCUGCAAGGCCACGACAAUAGAUCCAGCUAAUUGAAUUUAAUUUUCCUUGGAGUACUUGAGAAAAAAUUAUGGGAUAUAGUUAUUAUAUUAUUAUAUCAUUACUAACUAGGGACUGUUUUUUGAUAUUUUAUGUUAAAAUUUUCUCUACAAUUUUUUUUUAUAGAAAAAUUUUUAAAUGAAAUGAAACCAAAUAUUUAUUAGGAAAUAUAAAUUGAAUGCUACAAGUUGAUGUUAAUUGUUGGUCAAAAAAUUAUUGUAGAUAUAUACUAAGUUCAGAAUUCACAAUGAGUUGAAGUUAAACCAAUUGCAAUAUUUUCCAGUUAUAUAAAAUGUAGUGCAAUAUUUGGUAGAUUGUUAUAUAGAAUUCAAAACCGCCAAAAUUAGCUUGGAUAUAAUUGGUUUGACCUCCUUUUCACUAACGAUUUUCAAAAUAUUUUAAAUUUCAAGAGAACGCUGCCUGAAAAUACUGUACUUAACCUCAAUGCAUUUUCCCAUAUUAGUUUAUUUAGUAAAAUUUUCCAGAAUUACUGAUUUUGACGAAAAUAUAACAAACAACUAUAGUGGAAACAACAAGAAAAAAUAUAUUUUAUACAAUUAAAAAAAGUAUUGUUACAGCUCUUCAUCAAAAUUUUACAACAGCAGAUGGUUUACUGUUGAAACUUCAAAAUAGUGAAAAGAGUUCACAUAGAGCACUUCUUAUAAGAAAAUCCUGAAAUAUACACAACACGGUUUGUGAAUUUUUCGUUCCACAUUUUCCCCUUGUAUAUCUUGUUGGAAUUAAAUGAUUAAUGGAAGAGGGAUGCUACAAUUUUGAAAAUUUCGUAGAGGGUUUCCACAUGUGCAUAAUUACAAUUGAAUUUAAAGUAAAGGAAGGAGCAAUAAUCAAAUGUUUAGUGGACCAGGAUGGUUGUUGCAUAUGGUGGUCGGCAAUAUCCGUUUUACCAUAGGCGUGAAAUAGAAAAAUUAUUUUAUAAUGAAUAAAAAAUAAGAAUUAAAUGACAGAGUGCUAAAAUAAUUAUAUAAGAAAAAAUUCAGAAAUAGAUAUCUUAUCCUAUAAAUAUAAUUAAUUUGGUUGUAUUCCGAAUAUCUGAACUAAUAAUAUUUUUACAAAUAAAACUCAAUCUAAUGUUUAAAAAAAUUUCAAUAACGCUUUUUAAUAAAAGAAUAAUAUGAUUUUCUAAUGGAGUGAUGUCAUGUGGAAAAAUUUGUUUUUAAAUUGAUUCAUAACUUUUAUUAUUAUUUUGUUCUUAUGAAUCUUUAAGUUUUUGAAAUUGUUUGUUAUACGUCUCAACAAUUUUUCAGCAAUGACACAUAUAUUAAUUAUAUCAUCGUUUGGAUAUGUGACAGUGCCUAGACUAUUCUAAUUGAUCCUAAUAAGCGCCUAUAUAAAACCUAACAAAAUCAUAAAAAAUGUAUGCAAACUACUGCAAAAUUUAUAUAAAAUUAUCGAAAACAAACACGUCCGCUUAAACUAAUACAACAAUCAAAAUAAAAUGAGCCAUACUUGGAUGUUUAAGAUGGAUACUUCUGUCGCACAGGCUGUCUAUGUAUAUAGAUAACAGCUAUCCUUCCUUUACUAUUAAUUCAAUGCUAAUUUCUUGAAAGUCGUAUUCUGAAGUUUUUGUAAAGUCUAAUUUCAUAUUCAUUGUUACAUAGAUCUGGUGGAGGUUUUGUAGUUCUUCUCGGACAGCACUAUAUUCUUCAUAAAAUUACGACUCCAUAAUAUCUGAACAUAAUCAAGUUUAAGUGGUUUGAAUAAUUUGUAGAGGCUAAGGGCUUUAUCAGAGAACCGGUACCAAUCAUGAAUUGAAAUGUGUUCUGCAUUGCAUACGCAUCAGAAUUUGUCUUUUUUUACAACUUUUGAAAUAUGGGUUUUCAACUUUAGGUUAUUCUGGUCCUAAAAAGUUUACAGAAAGUUUUGUAUCGUCUACAAAGAAAUUUUUUUGGUGACAGUAUAAGGUCAAGCAUUUAUCUCUGAAGAUUAUCACUUAAUACUAUUGAUUUAAUAGUGUAUCAUUGAUUAAGUGAGUUGUACCUUUUAAUAAAAAUGAUUUUAUAGCCCUUAGUACGUUAUCCUGUGUAUCAUGGUACUGUACUCUGAGACACACUAUAACAGAUUUUAUUAAACACAUUCUUAAAAUUAUUGAAUAUAUUAAUGACAAAUAUUAAGGGAAAUUAUUAAUCUAACACGAUCUCCAAGAUAAAGAAUCACGUGUUUUGUUUAUUAAUUUGUUUUAGUCUUUUCACUACAACUUGUUUAAUGUGAGUCCAAUUAGGAAUUGAUUAACAUAUUAUAUUUUGUCUAUUAUUUUCAUUCAAUUGCACUUUAGAUUGUACUUGUACCUUAGUCUCUCUCAUCUUAUUCUUGCCUUCAAUAAACAAAUUUUCUUCAGUGCCAUGUCUACUCUUAAGUUUGUAAGUUUUCAACACAAUUAGUUUAUUUGGCUUAAUUAUAGCCAACAAGUAUUGAAUUAUAACUGUGGCGCCUUCAGAGGUACUUCUAUCUAUUUUCACUUAUAAAUAGAUUUAUUUAUAUUUAAAAAUAUAAGAGUAGGAGUUGAAAUAUUUUUUUAUUGUAUAUAUAUAUAUAUAUAUAUAUAUAUAUAUAUAUAUAUAUAUCUUCAUCUUAAGUUUAUUUUUGAUCUUGCCAUUGUCUGUGACAUUAGUAUUAAUUUUAUUUUUAAACUGUUUUACUAAGUUAAAAUUUUUAGAAACGUUGGUGAUAUCCAUACUGAACACAUUUAUUACCAUUACAACAAAACUCGCAAUGCAAAUUAACCAGCGACCUAUAGAAGACUUGAAGGACUAUACAGUGUAAUUGUGUUGAUAUAGUGGUGGUAAAUAGUGUGUUCAUUAUUAUACAUAAAAGAAGUCUUUGCAAGCUAUAUUAUGAGCGAUGUCUUAUUGGGAACGUGGCAAUGAAACAAACCUAACCAAAGUGGACUAACUUAAAUAUAUUUUCCGAGCUUUCGAAUAUUCAAAUUUGAAUAUUGAAUUUUGAAACUUAAUGAAUUUAAAAUUUUUACAAGAAUUAAUACGAUUCAAAACCACCAACAAUCUUAAUUAAUUAUUUUCCCAGAUGAUGAAUACAUCAAUAUUCGAAAGCUCAGAAAAUAUAUUAUAUAUAUAUAUAUAUAUAUAUAUAUAUAAAUACAUAUAUAUAUAAAUACUUGAAAAAGUAUUGUUUAUGGAUAAAUCUACUAAUCAUUCCUAUCUAAAUAUGUGUAGAUAGAUCAUAAAAAAUGAAUAUUUUAUUCCCAUUUUACAGGUAUAUUUUAUUAUUACAUAAUAAUAUUGUAACUAACAAAGUACUGUAUAUCAAAUGCUGGGUGUACGCUUGUAAAAUGUUAUUUUAGUUACUUGUCACUGUCAAGUGUCAAACUGAUGACUACUUGUUUUCAUACAUUCCUUGUUCAAGUUUUAUUGUAUAUUUCUUAUGACUAAGUAAUUCGCAUUAUACACUCCUCAUCAAAAUUAACGAAUAAUUUCGAUGAAAUUACUCUAUGGAGAUAGACUAAGUUGGAAUUUAUGGAACCGUUGGUGAUAUUCAUACUGAACAUACUGUUUACACCUCCACUUACAGUGUAAUUGUGAGCGUUGGUGUAAAGAGUGUGUUUAUUAUGGAGAGAAUUAAAAUAUUACCAAUACAGAAUUAACGUAUUUAUUGUUAAUUUCAGUUAGAAUUGUGGGAUAUAUAGUGAUUUAACUAAAUCUAACAAAUAAAAUUUAUGUUCUAUUGGAUAAGAACAAAAUUAUUAGCUGACUUGGAUUUCGACCUCUUUAAGAUAAUUUUGGUUGCAUUCAAGUAUUAUUAUGCAUGGAAAAAAAUCUACUAAAAAAGGAAGAAAAAGUACAAAUUAUGGAUCUAUUACAUUAACAACCUAUAAGCAUUUCUUAAAUGAUCACCAUGUCGAUGGGGCCCUCGAUCUUAACACCGUUAAACCACAAUCUGCAAAAUUAACACGCCUUUUAGUCUUUGAUUUCUUUCCAUCUCUUGGAAUCUUCUUAAUGCCCAGUUACCUAAUUGUUACAGGAUACUCUUCGAGGAUAAUAUUGUGAUUGUAAUAGACGAAUAAAUUUAAAUUUCUUGCAUAACCGCAAGACAUUAUCAGUCUUAACAAAACAAUUUUAUGUUGGAUAUAAAUAUUAGGAGGCAACAAAGUCAAUAAAUUUUAGUCAAAUAAUAAAUGAUACCAUAAUUUUUCUGGGAGUUUGUAUGGGUGUUCCUUUUUGCUAGUUCAAAUAGAUGAUUCCAUCAGUCCUUUAUUGUUUGUACAAACACUGUUUUGUUAUACUAACAUUAACCAGAUUUUUUAAUGUAUUUUCAGUAUACUUUGUGGGUCUUUUAAUGCAAUUGAAUUAAUUUUUCCAUUUUUCCUCGUGAUCUUUAAUUCACCUCAAUACAUUUCCGUUUUCUUAUUAAGGUGUGCGUUUUUCAGUAUUUCUACCAUUGUAGAAAGAAUGGUACCAAUCGAAUUUGCACUGUAAAAUUAGUAUUUUUCAACAUAUACCUACCAUACAAAAAUGAUUAAAUAAAGGCUUUAUAUUGAGAGAGGUAUACGUUUAAAAUUGUUAUUAUAAAUGCCUAUGUAUAGCAAUAUAAAUAGAUCCACCUUAUUUUUGCUCUGAUCCAAACAUGAAAAUUAAAUGACACAUCAAUAAAAAGUAGAGCAAUUAUAAAAUAGAUAAAUGCUUGUAAAAUUAGUUUAUAUAUUCUAACAGUAGGUAUAGUGCAAUCACAUGGAUUUAAAAUUUGUUUUUAAUAUGUAAAAAAAUUAUUCGAGCAAUUUUAUUUAUAUAUUUAUAUCUGUUUUUCGUAUCAUAUUAAAUAUAUUUGA